AGUACUAUUUUAAAUCGUGAGCCGUAGCAUUCAAAAUAUUCUGCCGAAAUAAAUGCCGAAUUCGUUGAUACUUGGUGUCUUGGUAGUUGAUAUGUGAAUUGUGGCACUGUGGUAGAAAUUAGAAAUAUAUAUAUAUAAUAUAAUUUAUUUGUCAAUCUAGAAUAUUAUAUUUUAUAAUGUUUACAACGAGUUUAGUACCUACAAUUAACCGGAUCUAUCCAAUGAUUAAUAAUAAGUUAAAAUGUUCAUGUGUAAAACAUUUAUCGCAAUUAACCGAAAAACAAGCACAACUCAUGAAGAAAAAGUUGCCUAAAAAAAAACCAAUUAAAGGUGUGAAACACAUAAUAUUGGUGGCAUCCGGUAAAGGAGGUGUUGGCAAAUCAACGACUGCCGUAAAUCUAGCAACAGCUUUAAAGUGUGUUGCACCUAACAAAGAUGUCGGAUUAUUGGAUGCUGAUGUAUUCGGUCCAUCUAUACCAUUAAUGAUGAAUUUACACGAAACCCCUUUAAUUAAUAAUGAUAACCUUAUGGUACCUCUCGUUAACUAUGGGGUUAAGUGCAUGUCAAUGGGUAACUUGAUAACUGAUCAAUCAGCAGCCAUCUGGAGAGGCCUUAUGGUCAUGGGAGCUAUUGAUAAAUUAAUAAGAGGUGUUUCGUGGGACCAUACAGAUUACCUAAUAGUGGAUACACCUCCAGGAACAGGAGAUACACACUUAUCACUUGCACAAAAUCUUCCGAUAAGUGGUGUUUUAAUUGUUACUACUGGCCAAAAAGCUGCUCUUGGUGUGACCAGGAGAGGUAUAACAAUGUUUAAAAAGUUGAACAUUCCUAUAUUGGGAAUAGUACAAAAUAUGAGUACCAUAAAAUGUUUGAAAUGUUCGCAUGAAAAUUAUGUUUUUGGAGAUAGUGUUCAAGAGUUAGCUACACAAGAAAAAAUAGAUACCUUGUUUUCUGUACCUUUGGACCCUGUUAUAACUAAUGGUUGUGAUUCUGGUCAGCCCAUUGUCAUUACUCAUCCGGAAUCCUCACAAGUUAAAAUUUACAAGAAUUUAGCAGAAUAUUUGAUAAACUUAUUGGAUAUUGUUAAUAACAAGUGAUUGAUAUAUUUUGUAACAUUUAUGUGACUACAUUUGAUGAACAUCAAUAUUAAUAUAUUAUGAUUAAAUUAUUGUUCAUGUAAAUAAAUAUCUAAAAUAUUUAGUAAAA